AUGACGUUAUGGGACCCUUCAAAAAACAAGACAUAUCAAAUCCUCAAAGCUGCUGAAGAAGGCCAAUAUGGCGUAGUCGCGCCGAUCGCCUACAACAUCGAGAACAUCCUCGCCUUCAUCCGCGCCGCCGAAGCAAAGAAGAGCCCCUUAAUCAUCCAAGUAUUCCCGUGGGCCAUCACCUUCUCAUCAGGUCUUCUCGUCCAUGCGGCAGCGCACGCGGCCCGCGCCGCCACAGUACCUGUUGCCAUUCACCUCGACCACGCACAGGAUGAAGCCAUGAUCAGGCAUGCGGCGGAUACCUUACCGUUCGACAGUAUUAUGGUGGAUAUGAGCCACUACGAAAUGGACGAGAACUUGGCCAAGACGAAGGAGUUGGUGGCGUAUUGCCACGAGAGGGGCAUCGCGACCGAGGCCGAGCCGGGACGUAUUGAGGGCGGCGAGGACGGUAUCGCGGAUACAGCGGACCUCGAAGGGGCUUUGACGACGGAGGAGCAGGUGGAGGACUUCAUCGCUACCGGCAUCGACUUUUUGGCGCCGGCUUUUGGGAAUGUGCAUGGCGAGUAUGGCGCCAGGGGACCCGUGUUGGAGUUUGACCGGCUGCAAAAGAUUCGCGAAAAGGUGGGUGGAAGAGUUCGGGUGGUGCUUCACGGAACCAAUGACUUUCCCGAGGACCUGAUGCAGCGCUGCAUCGCUGGUGGCGUGUCCAAGGUCAAUGUGAACAAACUCGUGCUUGACGACUACUUGGUUCAUUUGAAAAAGAAUGCCUCAAGCCAGAAUCUGACGACGUUGAUGGAAGAGGGGGUCAAGGAAGCCCAGAAGUUGACGGAGUGGCAGAUGGAUGUGUGUAAGUCUGCCGGUAAGGCAUGA